AUGGCCGCUGGGGCCUACCUAUCCUUCCAUGGCGCCUUGCUCCACUCGGACGUGCAAAAGGCCCCGGUCAAGGCUGGGGUCACGAUUGAUGAGUUGAAGGAACACGUCACCCCUGAGUCUUGCUGGGUUGUGAUCCACGGCCAGGUGUAUGACGUAACAGAAAUCCUUCCCAUCCAUCCCGGUGGUAGGCGGAUCAUCAUGAAGUACGCGGGGAAGGAUGCCACCAAGAAGUUUGACCCGCUUCAUGCGCCAGAUAUGAUCAAGAAGUUUCUUCCGGAAGAUAAGCAUUUGGGGCCGUUGAUUGGGGAGCUACCUUAUGAGGAGGAGCCAAUUUCGGAGGAAGAGGAGGAGAGAUUGCUCCGGGUCGAAAACAUCCCACCAAUCGGUCAAAUGUUCAAUUUAUCGGACUUUGAGAGCGUGGCCAAGCAGACUUUGACUCCAGGAGCCUGGGCAUACUACUCAUCCGGGGCUGAUGAUGAAAUCUCGCUCAGAGAGAACCACAACAGCUACCUGAGAAUCUUCUUUCGUCCACGGGUUUUGGUGGAUGUCAAGGACGUCAGCACCGCCACGACGAUGCUUGGCGUCCCGACCGCGGCUCCGUUCUACAUUACUGCCACAGCGUUGGCCAAGUUGGGCCACCCGGACGGUGAGUUGAGUAUUGCUAGGGGAGCUGGAAACGAGAACAUCAUCCAGAUGAUCUCCACGCUUGCCUCGUGUUCCUUCGACGACAUCACCGGCGCUGCGCUUCCGGGGCAGUCACAGUGGUUCCAAUUGUAUCUCAACCCCGACAGAUCGAUCUCUCGCAAGAUGGUGGAGGCGUGCGAAAAGGCACCCAGCAUCAAGGGGAUCUUCCUCACCGUGGACGCUCCACAGUUGGGCAAACGUGAAAAAGACAUGCGGUUGAAGUUUGACGACGAUGCUGACGCCAUUGUGAAAAAGGGCGACGGCGACAAGAUCGACCGGUCGCAGGGCGCCACCAGAGCGUUAUCUUCCUUCAUCGAUAUGCAGGUGACGUGGAAGGACAUUGAUGCGCUUAAAAAGUCAACCAACUUACCGAUCGUCAUCAAGGGGAUCCAGCGCUACGAGGAUGUGAUUCUCGCGGUUGAGCACGGGGUGGACGCUGUUGUUUUGUCCAACCAUGGCGGGAGACAAUUGGAUUAUGCGCUUUCUCCGUUGGAGGUGUUGGCUGAAACGAUGCCUGAAUUACGCAAGCGCCAGUUGGACGACAAAAUUGAGGUUUACAUCGACGGAGGGGUUAGAAGAGGUACAGAUGUGAUUAAGGCUCUCUGUUUAGGGGCCAAGGGUGUGGGUUUGGGAAGACCGUUCUUGUACGCCAACUCCAGCUACGGUGAGGACGGUGUAAUCAGGGCCAUCCAGGUUUUGAAGGAGGAAAUGGAUGUCGCCAUGCGGUUGAUGGGGGUUAACCGCAUUGAAGAGUUGAAUGAGAGUUUCUUGGAUAUGAAGGCCUUCCACGGCAGGACCCCUGUCAGAGACAGUUUGUACUAUGAUGCCUACGAUCCGGUCAUGCCUGCCAAGUUUAGAGAUGAAUAA